CCAUUUGUAUUUAAAGUGGGCGCGGUGGAUCAUUGGCCAGCAUUUAAUGAUCAUCCUUGGUCAAGUAUUGAUUAUCUGUUAUCCAUUGCGGCAGACCGAGUGGUACCUGUGGAGAUCGGAAGGUCAUAUGUAGACAUUGGGUGGCAACAGAGGAUGAUGCGUUUUGAAGAUUUUGUUGAGAAGCACUUGAUAGGAUCUGAAGUAGGAUAUCUGGCACAGCACGACCUUUUCUAUCAGAUUCCUCGGCUCUCUAAUGACUUGAUUAUUCCAGACUACUGCUUUGUGAGCCCACCUCCUACAUCCACAUAUACUCCACCCCUGGAUGUUCUUCAGAAUGCAUGGCUUGGGCCUGUAGGGACAAUAACACCGCUUCACCAUGACCCAUUUCACAAUAUCCUUGUCCAGGUUGUUGGGCGUAAAUACAUUCGUCUCUACGCACCAGAUCAAUCCGAGAUUCUUUAUCCUCAUGAUGGAAUUAUGGCAAACACAAGUCAGGUUGAUACAAGUUGCCCAGAUCUUCAAAGAUUCCCCAGGUUCAAAGAAGCUGUUUACACAGAAUGUGUUCUGUCUCCAGGUGAAAUGCUUUAUAUUCCACCAAAAUGGUGGCAUGAUGUACGGUCGCUUGAAAUGAGUUUUAGCGUGAGUUUCUGGUUU